AUGCUCAGCGCAGUCGAAAUAACGCUCGUCCAUACGAAGGACAAGGCAUCGGUGUUGUAUGCCGAAGUUGGAGGGGAUUUUCUUGAUCUUCUCUUCGGGUUGCUUUGCGUUCCACUUGGAUCCAUAAUCAAGACAUACGGUCAAUGGUCACAAAACGGGUCCAUCGAUGGUCUUUACAGAAAUAUUGACGAGAGCGCAAGAACAUGGAUGAAACAAGAAUGCCAAACGGUACUUCUAUCUCCCAAGUUGGCACCCUUCUUUGGGUGCAGCAGCAAUGUACUACAAAUAGAAGAGAUGAGUCCAAGAAGUCUGACCUUCAGAUGCUUCAAGUGUCAUGUAGUUGAAGCUGCAUACACAGGCGGUUGCAGUUGCUCUUACCCUGAUAAGAUUACUUUUGUGGAAUCGAACCCGAAGUUCAGAGGCAUAGGAAGUGACAGCACAGCUAAGGCAUAUGUCCAUGGAGGGCUCGGAAAGUUCCUGGUGACGAGCGACCUACGUGUCCUCGAUUUCACCAUGACCAACACUCUGCAAGUCAUGCGCGCAGCUAAGAUUCCCAAGGAGAAGCUUGUGGAGAAAGAGCUCACCCUGGACAAAACCCAGGUUCUGAAGCUCCUAAGGGCUGCGAUGAUGACUCGCGACGCCCUCACCAGCUUGCUCCUGCCUCCCAAGAAGUAG